UUCUUCUCUCUGCAGGCUGAGAUCUACAUCUCAUUGCCCAUCACCAAGGAGAAGAAGCCUCUUCCAUCCAACAUCGACAUGGGGGUGACACUUUCGUGCCCCGGAGAGAUCCAUAAUUCCAUGAACGAUCGCUUGGAAGCUCUCAUCGUGAGGUCUCUCAGUUUUGGUGACAACGUGAGAUCGACUCUGCGGUCCAUCAGCUUCAAUGGCCGCGACUCCAAGCCUGCCAACCUCAAGUCUCUUGGCCCCGGGAAACGACUGAUAGAAGGGUCUGUGAGCUUUAAUGGAAGGGUAAUGGACCCUUUCCACUUGGACUCCGAUAUCGCGGUAAAGACUGCUGCUCCUAAGCAAGAGGUGCCCGCAAAGAUUGAUCAUCCCAAGAUAUCGAGGUUCAGUCCUCUGGGGAAGUGGUCCUUGGAAUCAGAUUUGAUCGGCCCUGGCAGCCCCAAGCAUGAAGCUGCCGUGAAGUUGCAGAAGGUCUACAAGAGCUUUCGGACAAGGAGACAGCUCGCAGACUGUGCCGUCCUCGUAGAGCAGAGCUGGUGGAAGCUGUUAGAUUUUGCAUUGCUCAAGCGAAGCUCCGUGUCGUUCUUCGACAUCGAGAAGCAAGAAUCUGCGGUUUCGCGGUGGUCGAGGGCGAGAACGAGGGCUGCAAAGGUGGGGAAGGGUCUAUCCAAGGAUGAGAAAGCUCAGAAACUUGCCUUGCAGCAUUGGUUAGAGGCAAUCGAUCCUCGACAUCGGUAUGGUCACAAUCUCCAGUUCUACUAUGACUGCUGGCUUCAACGCGAGAGCAUGCAGCCUUUCUUCUACUGGCUCGAUGUAGGGGAAGGAAAGGAGGUCAACCUCGAAGAACAGUGCACUCGAUCGACACUGCAACAGCAGUGCAUCAAGUAUCUUGGCCCUAAAGAAAGGGAUGCCUACGAGGUCAUAAUCGAGGAUGGAAGAUUCAUGUACAGGAAGAGCAGACAGGUGAUAGACUCGUCGGAAGGUCCGAAAGAUGCGAAGUGGAUCUUCGUCCUAAGCACACUGAAGAAACUAUAUGUUGCUCAGAAGAAGAAAGGCACGUUUCAGCACUCUAGUUUUCUUGCCGGGGGAGCUACUUCUGCUGCUGGCCAACUGGUACUAGAAAAAGGAGUUCUCAAGGCUGUGUGGCCUCAUAGCGGCCAUUAUCGCCCGACCGAAGAGAACUUUCAGGAUUUCGUGAGCUAUCUUGCAGAAAAAAAUGUCGAUCUCACUGAUGUUAAGAGAAGUCCAACCGAAGAGCAUCAAGAAGAACACUGCAGGAGACCAGGAAAGCACCACUCGAAGCUGAACGUGGCUGAAGGAAAUGUCUCUACCAAGCGUGAAACCGAUGCAGAUUUAGAGCAUGAAGGAGGAGAACACUGCAGUAGACCAGGAAAGCACCACUCGAAGCUGAACAUGGCUGAGGGAAAUGUCUCCACCAAGCCUGAAACCGAUGCAGAUUUAGAGCAUGAAGAAGAAGAACACUGCAGUAGACCAGGAAAGCACCACUCGAAGCUGAACAUGGCCGAAGGAAAUGUCUCCACAAAGCCUGAAACCGAUGCAGAUUUGUCUCGAGCAUCCUCCACUGGGAACACAAGCAUUAACAACAUUACCACGUGCGAGGGAGUGAACCUUAGCAGAACAGUUGCUGAUCCGAAACCAGAGGGAACACUCGAGGUGCAGCAAGAUCAAAAUCUCCACAAGCAGCAGAUGACUGCUGAAGAACACGACAUGACCAGACCAGAGAAUGUGUGUGUUGAGGAGGAGGAAGAGGGUGGAGAAGCUGUGAUAUCGUCGGAACUGAUACGUCGAAGGAUAAACUCGAAGAAGGGCAUCAACUCGUAUCAGCUGGGGAAGAAGCUCUCCUUCAAGUGGACGACGGGAGCAGGUCCUCGAAUUGGGUGUGUGAGGGACUACCCAUCGGAGCUCCAGUUUCGUGCACUGGAGCAAGUAUGCUUGUCGCCGACAGGUGCAGGGAUGUCUAGGUUAGCUUCACCGCGGACCGCGAGAUGCCAGAGUCCGCUGACACAGGAGAAAUCUUUGCUCAAGGAAGUGCUGCAGCAAUCUCACAUGCAAAUGACACAGGAGAAAUCUUUGCUCAAGGAAGUGCUGCAGCAAUCUCACAUGCAAGACAAUGGAAGAUGAAGGGAACCUGUUCCUCUGAACCAUUUACAUAUGUAUAUGUAUAUAUAUAUAUGUGAGAUGAAGAGUGUUUGUGUUGAUUUGUUUUGUAGAGCUUCUCGAGGAAGUGCCUCAUCGAAACUUUAAUGA